UGGGACUGUAAAAAGUGUAACAAACAUUUCCAUGUGGUUCCGCACAAAGUUAAUAUUGGGGAAAUAGGUAGCUAACGAAAGCCGAGUGUUGUUAUCUCGUAUUGGUACGGAAAGACAAUGCCAGUUUGAGUAGAUGGACGCUGAACUUUCAGUAUGACGCAUGAAGACAUAUUACAGAGAGAUUGGUAUGCCAUACUUGAUGCCAGUCCUUCAGAUUGCUUUCAAGAGCUGAAACAGAAGUACCAGAGAUUGGUUCUGCUGUAUCACCCGGACAAGCAGGGCCCCGACGCGGCGGCAGUGGAGGUAGAGCGGCGCGCCGAGAGGUUCAUCGAAGUCGACCAGGCGUGGAAGAUCCUGAGCAACGAGGAGACCAGGAGAGCCUAUGACCUCCAGCGGCGCGCCCAGGAGCUGAAACAGAGCUGGCCGGUCGACGCCCACAUCUGCCUGGACGACAUGGACUGGGAUGACGGUGAGCGGGCCUACAGGUACGGCUGCCGCUGCGGCGGAGAGUUCGUCAUCGGGAAGGAGGAGACCGAGGAAGAGGAGGAGUCGGUCGUCUGCUGUGACACCUGCUCCCUCAGCAUAGAGGUGAAAAUGGCCGCCUGAGGGCAUCGCCGAGCGUCACUACGGACAUAACGGACUAUCGGGGGGCUUCUUUUCACGCUGCGUCGGACAUUUUGAACGAGAGUUCAUUAUGAGUGGACUGAAAUGUGGGUUUGGGUGAUACUAAGAGGAAAGUAGUUUGGCUUCAACUAUCAGUACCUUUAAAAAAAAAUGGGUACUUGGACACUAUUUUUUAUUUAUUUUUUCCUUUAUUUUUUGCUUUUAUUUCACUGUUGAAUGAAAGGACUUACCUUUUGGACAGUCUUUUCCAUGUUCAUUAUAUGUAUGUGUAGAAAAUGACAGAAAGACGGCCAUUAAGUAUAAAUAAGCAUUUAUUUAAAAACGUUCAUUACAAAAUCUUGUGUAUUUAUUUACAGAACAAAAGAACGGUCAGCUUUUUACAAUUCUUCCAUUUGGACUUUUGUUCAAAGCGCCAAAAUCAUGUGGAGGCCACAACUGCAAAAUAAAUAAAUAAGUAUGGUUACAUUUUUGAUAUUGAUUUAACAUGUAAA